ACCAUACAUCAGUCACUCUCACACUCACAUCCUGCAUCCAAUACAACAAGCAACUCUCUAUCUCCCUCUUUCUGAAGCUCAUAUUUCCUCUCUCUUGCCUCUACCAUGGCCAGAACCAAACAAACUGCCCGCAAGUCCACCGGAGGCAAGGCACCGAGAAAGCAACUGGCGACCAAAGCCGCCCGGAAAUCAGCCCCGGCCACCGGAGGAGUGAAGAAGCCCCACAGGUUUAGGCCAGGGACGGUGGCCCUCAGGGAGAUAAGGAAGUACCAGAAGAGCACCGAGCUUCUGAUCCGGAAGCUUCCAUUCCAGAGGCUGGUGAGGGAGAUCGCUCAGGACUUCAAGACCGACCUCAGGUUCCAGAGCAGCGCCGUCGCAGCGCUGCAGGAAGCGGCGGAGGCAUACCUGGUGGGGCUCUUCGAGGACACCAAUCUGUGCGCGAUUCACGCCAAGAGGGUUACGAUUAUGCCCAAGGAUAUCCAGUUGGCGAGGAGGAUCAGAGGCGAGAGAGCUUGAUUUGUGAUAAAUGUCGUUAAUUUCGUGUCUGUAGUGCUUGUAGUUUUUUUCUAGGGUUUGUGUUGAUGUGAAUCAUCUGGCGAUGAAAUUUAGGCAGCUUUAAUUGAAAAACUUAUGUUUAUCUAUGGAAAUUUGGCAAUGAAAACUAUUAUCCA